AUGGGUCUUUUACAAGAUGUCGCCACGCACCCCGUGGCCCAGCAGUUCCAGGCAUUCGGCAUGGCGACGCAGAUUGCCCUGGUUCUUGGUGGGGUGAUUGCGCUGUCCGUGGGUGUCCACAUUGCGAAGCAGCUGCUCUUCAAGAACCCGAAUGAGCCUCCCAUGGUGUUUUCCAUCUUCCCCUUCAUCGGGAGCACUGUCACGUAUGGCAUGGACCCGCCCACAUUCUUCAGGACCAACCGCGAGAAGCAUGGCGACGUCUUCACCUUCAUCCUGCUCGGCAAGAAGACGACGGUGGCCGUUGGCCCCGCCGGCAACGAUUUCAUCCUCAACGGAAAGCUCAAGGACGUCAACGCUGAGGAGAUCUACACCCCCCUGACCACCCCCGUCUUUGGUCGCGAUGUGGUCUACGACUGCCCCAACGCCAAGCUCAUGGAGCAGAAGAAGUUCAUGAAGAUCGCGCUCACCACCGAAGCCUUCCGCUCCUACGUGCCUAUCAUCUCGGGCGAGGUCAAGAACUACUUCAAGAAGAAUCCGGCUUUCAAGGGCGAGUCGGGCAUGGUCAACGUUCCCAAGCACAUGGCCGAGAUCACUAUCUUCACCGCCUCGCACGCCCUGCAGGGUCAGAAUGUGCGCAACCGCUUCGACGAAUCCCUCGCCUCGCUCUACCACGAUCUCGACAUGGGCUUCAGCCCCAUCAACUUCAUGCUGCACUGGGCCCCUCUCCCUUGGAACAGGAGGCGCGACCACGCGCAGAAAACCAUUGCCAAGAUCUACAUGGACAUUAUCAAGGAGCGCCGCGCCAAGGGUGACGACGGCACCGAAUUCGACAUGAUGAAGCACCUGAUGAACUCGACUUACAAGGACGGCACCCCGGUGCCCGACCAUGAGACGGCGCACAUGCUCAUCGCCCUGCUCAUGGCUGGCCAGCACUCGUCCUCCUCCACAAGCUCUUGGAUCAUGCUGCGCCUGGCCCAGAACCCCGAGAUCUGCGAAGAGCUGUACCAGGAGCAGGUAAAGAACCUCGGCGCCGACCUUCCCGAUCUCACCUACGAGGACCUGGCCAAGCUCCCGCUCAACCAGCAUGUCGUCAAGGAGACGCUGCGCCUCCACGCCCCCAUCCACUCCAUUCUUCGUGCCGUCAAGUCGCCCAUGCCCGUCCCCGGCACCAACUAUGUCAUCCCGACGACGCACACCCUCCUGUCCGCCCCCGGCGUCAGUGCCUCCGAUCCCGCCUACUUCCCCAACCCCGAGGUGUGGGACUGCCACCGCUGGGAGGCCGACUCGCCCAACGCCCCGACAAUUGUGCGCAACGACGCCAGCGUCGAGGACGAGGAGAAGAUUGACUACGGCUACGGCGCCGUCAGCAAGGGCGCCGCGUCACCCUACCUGCCCUUUGGCGCCGGCCGCCACCGCUGCAUCGGCGAGCAGUUUGCCAACCUCCAGCUCCAGACCAUCAUCGCCGAGACGGUGCGUCUCUUCAAGCUGAGCAACAUUGACCGCAGCCGGAAGCUGGUCGGCACCGACUACCAGUCGCUCUUCUCCAGGCCGCUGGAGCCGGCCUUCAUCCGCUGGGAGCGCCGGGAUUAA